CGUAAGACCCUGAUCUUGGACCUGGGGUCUUUCUGUAUUACACAUCCUCCCUUCAUGUAAAUCGAACUUACUUGGUUCAGUGACUAGCCACUUCACCCCGGAUGCUUUCAAGACGGUUUUCUCAUCUCCAGCCGGCAGUUGAACGUGCAUUCUCCCGUUGGACCGCUGCGAGUUCGGCCUCUGCCAACUCAAUCGAACAGUUGCGAUAGCCUCCAAUUUCCCGGCGAGUUGGAUGUCAUCCCCUUGGGAGAUAUAUAGACCUAGUCUUCAAGGGUGGAUCCCUUCAGCCUCGCACAUCCCCUGGAUUGUUCAAUCGCUUCGAUUCCAUGCCGUCGCGUUGUUUUGUCUGUGGACUGAAAGGAAAAGGAUGUGUCCGGCCCCUAGGUCGCCAGUCUUGUGAUGCAUGCCAACGCAUGCAUGUUGAAUGCAUCCCCUGCCCGAUAAAGAUUUCAAAUGUGGUCAAAAAAUCGAUCAGAGCUCGGGAGUGUCUGGAGGAAGUCAGGGCCUUGGCUUCAGGCGACCCCAGGUGUGUUGAGAUAGCACUGCUCCCCAAAACGCGAGAAUUCCUUUCAUCUCUGCAAUCGAGCCCCGGAGAUACGGCGGGUCAGUCUACGGGUGGCGCGAGAAUCCCCCAACCAUUUGCUAUCGUUUCGCCGGCGGUGGUAUUGCCAACCACAACGCACGGAUGGGUAAACCAGGUGGGAACUGUUUCAGCCAACGAAGGAUCCUCCAUCGCAGUUCCACAGACAAACGGACUCGGGAAUAUUCCAGUUAUUAAUGAUCCUGCAGCCUUCUACCCACCUUCUAGCUUGGGAUUGUACGAAUACGUCGGGAACAUCGAUGAACCACCCCUCUUGGAUUUUGGUUCAGUCCCCUAUUCUUUUCACGUUCCCAAUCCUGUAGCUAGCUCUUCCGCUAGUGAGUCUAUCUCCCAUAGCUCCACUUCCCUCCUCGAGCAAGUGAUUCCCAUCCAAGAGAGAACAUCCUGCGGCGGAAAUUGGGGUUUUCUGACGCCAAACAUCUCGUACAGUACUGUUAACUAUGAGCUUGCGGGGUCAUCUACUGUGCUUCGUUCACAAUCAGAGGCCUCCUCACACGAAACUCGUGGUGAGACUCUGGGAAAUGCCACUGCGAGUUGGAGCGAGGAUGCUGUGAGUUGCCUUAGAAGUCUUGCUUGGAGUAUGGGAUACUGCCUCAUCCCUCGCGGAGCGGCCAUUCCCAGCGGUAGUACUCUUGUAUAGGGGCAUUCAUUUGAGGGUUUUGAGGCGAUUCUGUGUACCCUUUCUUGUAACGUCAUCAGUAGCUUGGGACUUUACGCUAUCAUGUAAGCACAGUGGUCGAAAGCAUGUCCAUUCAUCGCGAGUCUGUAAAAGCACUCGAAGAUUCAGGAUAGCGAAUACAUUUACUUGUUCUCAACACACUUGUC